AUGGGCGGGGCGAAAGCGAGAUCACGCUGCGAGGAGAUUGGGAAGUCGUCACUCAACAUCGCUAUGAGUCCUCCCCUCGUCGCGGCUCCGCUCGCCUCGCCGCGCCUCCGCUCGCCUCGUCGCGGCUCCGCUCGCCUCGCCGCGCCUCCUCUCGCCUCGCCGCGCCUUCGCUCGCCUCGCCGCGCCUCCGCUCGCCUCGCCGCGCCUCCGCUCGCCUCGCCGCGCCUCCGCUCGCCUCGCCGCGCCUCCGCUCGCCUCGCCGCGCCUCCGCUCGCCUCGCCGCGCCACCGCUCGCCUCGCCGCGCCUCCGCGGGCCUCGCCGUGCCUCCGCUCGCCUCGCCGCGCCUCCGCUCACCUCGCCGCGCUGCCAUCAGCGCGCCAACACCCUCCUCGCGCCUCCACUCUCGCUGCCCUUCUCCCACCUGCCCAUCCCUUGCCCUCGCUUCCCUGCCUUUCCAUUCCCUCUUGUUACCUUCCCCUCUAUUCCCUCUGCUUCCCCUCAUUCCCCGUCUGCUUCCCCUCAUUCCCCCCUCUUCUUCCCUCAUUUACUCCCCUGCUUCCUCUCGUUUUCCCCCCUGCUUCCCCUAUUCCAGCCCCCUGAUUUUCCUAUUUUUAACCUCCUCCUUCCCCUAA